UGCUUAUCAACAGUUUGCAUCAGCAGCUGAUUUGCAGGACGCAAAAAAUCUUUGUUUUGGAGUUUUAUUUUCGACAAAAAUCAAUUUAUUUACACAAUUUUCCUGCAAAAAUUCCCGUGAAAAUGCAUUUUCACCCCCAACCUUUCAUGCUGAAGGAAUAAUUUGCAAAAAAAGGAUUUUCUCACUGGGAAAUGUUCUAAAAGGCUGGCAAUUGGGAGAGAAAGGAAUAUAAGAGGGUUAAGAAAAAUGUCCCAUUCAGUGCAGCAUUUUGUCACGGGGCUAAAGUCCCGGAAUCGCGAUGUACAGAACAAAGCUGCGCAGGAUUUACUGUUAUUCGUCAAGACGGAACUCCGGGAGUUGCCCCAGGAGGAGCCGAAUCAGUUCUUCGACGAAUUCAACCAUCACAUCUUCGACAUGGUACACAGUCCGGAUUUGAAUGAGAAAAAGGGGGGAGUUUUGGCCAUAAAGUGCCUCAUUAGUGGGGAUGUGGUGAAUACAACAAGCAGAAUUCCGCGGUAUGCCCACAAUUUGCGCUACUUGCUGCCCUCGAGUGAUGUCACGGUGAUGGAGAUUGCGGCGAAGACGCUGGUGAAGUUGGCCCUGCUGCCGGGCUCAAAGGGAGCGGAAUCCUUUGAGUUUGACAUCAAGAGAGCCUUUGAGUGGUUGGCGGAGGAUAGGAAUGAGAGCAAGAGGCACGCAGCGGUGAUUGUUCUGCGGGAGCUGGCUGUGGCCAUGCCCACGUACUUCUACCAGCAGGUUGGGCCCUUUUUUGAGCACAUCUUCAACGCCAUUCGUGACCCGAAGCCCAUCAUUCGCGAGGGCGCUGGGCAGGCUCUCAGGGCCACGCUGAUUGUCACGUCGCAGCGUGAGAAUCUCAACAAUAAGCCGCAGUGGUACAAAAUCUGCUACGAUGAGGCCCUUAUCUGCUUCGGGGAGGUUGUGCCGCUCAAGGAGAAGGGCGUGACGAAGGAUGAUCGCGUGCACGGAGCUCUAAUUGUCCUCAAUGAGAUCAUGCGGUGCUCCAAUGCCCAAUGGGAGCGUCAAUACAACUCACUGAAAUGCCUCCAACCCGAGCGAAAGAGAAGCAUCUCCGAGGACUAUUCGUACAUCUUCCCCCGCUUCAAGGCCCCCUUCAUUGACAAGUGGCACUCAUCGCCACAGACAAGCUGGUACUCCUACUCAUUCGAAUUGGAUUGCAAUUCCAAGGCAAUGGGGGCCGUGCAGGAAUCCCUGGCGUGCCGUCAACUUGUCUCGGAGAAUUUCGAGGAGAUCUGCUCGAAGGUCAUGGAGCAACGUCUCUCUCGCUCCUUCAAUGUUCAGCAGACUCUCCUGUCCAUCCUGCCGCGUCUUGCAGCCUUCAAUCGUGACGUCUUCGUGCGUGACUACCUCAACGACACGGUAAACUACCUCCUGAACAUCAUCAGGAAUAAGGAGAAGGCUGCAAGUAUUGCCUACACCACGCUCGGCUCAAUUGCCGUGGCCGUGGACAAGGCCAUCGAGAAGUACGUGCCGUGGAUCAUAAAGAUCGUCAAGGUGGCCCUACCGCCGGCCAAGGAGGUGACGAGCAAGAAGAAGAUCACCUUCGAUUCGUCCGUUUUCGUCUGCAUCACAAUGCUGGGGCAUGCAGUCAAGGGGACCAUUGCUCAGGAUGUCAAAGAGAUGCUGGACUCCAUGUUUGCAACGGGUCUGAGCCCAGCCCUGACAAUUUGUCUACGUGAACUAGCUGAGGAUGUGCCACAGCUGAAGCCGGAGAUCACAGAGGGUCUCCUGCGGAUGCUGUCGCAGGUGUUGAUGAACAAGAAGAGUCAUCAGACGGCAACUUGGGGUACGCCGAAGCACAACAUUGCGGCACAAUUCGCUUCACUCACCGUAACGCCGGACGCCCCGGCGCCGGAUGCAGCAACAAUCGUGCUGGCCCUCAAGACACUGGGGACGUUUGAUUUCGAGGAGCAUCGCCUGUUGGAGUUUGUACAGCGAUGCGCUGAUCAUUUUCUGUGUCACGACCAACAGGAGAUACGCCUCGAGGCAGUGCAGACGUGCAGUCGGCUGCUGAAGGUGGCCAUUCAGUCAACCGAUAGCAAUAGUGUGUGUGAGACGCUGAAGCAAACGGUGGCGAAUGUGUUGGACAAGUUGCUCGUUGUGGGCAUAACGGAUGUAGAUCCGAAUGUUCGUUUACGCGUCCUUCGGUGUCUCGAUGAUACGUUUGAUUCGCAACUAGCCUUGCCGGAGUCACUGAGUGCGCUGCUGAUAACACUCAAUGAUGAGGUCUUUGAGAUAAGGGAGUUGGCAAUUAUCACGAUUGGUCGUUUGUCGGCUAUGAAUCCGGCCUAUGUGAUGCCGAGCUUGCGGAAGACUCUUGUGCAAUUGCUGACGGAGCUUGAGCACUCGGGGAUGAGUCGCAACAAAGAGCAGAGUGCUCGAAUGUUGGAUCAUCUCAUUGUGAACACCCCGAAGAUCAUUUCGGCGUACAUGCGACCCAUUUUGGGGAUUUUAAUUCCAAAACUCAAAGAGCCAGACUCCAAUCCGGGCGUUGUGUUGAACGUCCUGCGGGCGAUUGGGGAUCUGGCUGAGGUGAAUGGAGGGAGUUCGGAGAUGGAGAAGUGGGCAGAUGAGUUGUUGACAAUUCUGCUGGAUUUGCUGGGUGAUUCGGGUUCGCCGGAUAAGAGGGGUGUGGCCCUGUGGACACUUGGGCAACUUGUGGGGGCAACGGGUCGUGUUGUGACACCCUAUUACAAGUACCCCUUCCUCAUUGACAUUCUCAUUAACUUCCUGAAGACAGAGCAACAGCCGUCGAUACGACGGGAGACGAUUAAGGUGUUGGGCCUACUUGGGGCACUUGAUCCGUACAAGCAUAAGAUAAAUCGGGGCCUUAUUGAUGGGCAACAGGAUAAUAUUUUGAUUUCUGUGUCUGACCUGAAGUCUGAUGAGCACAUUGAUCUCUCCACGGCGGAGAUGUUGGUCAAUAUGGGUACAAUGCUGGAUGAGUACUACCCAGCAGUGGCCAUUGCCACACUCAUGCGUAUUCUGCGUGACCCAACAUUGGCGCAACAUCACACCAGCGUUGUACAAGCUGUUAUGUUCACCUUUAAGAGUUUGGGUAUCAAGUGCGUCCCGUAUCUGUCGCAAGUCCUGCCGAGUCUUCUGGGGAAUAUCCGUACGGCUGAUAUGAAUCUCAAGGAAUUCCUCUUUCAGCAACUCUCAAUUCUCAUUGAGAUUGUCAAGCAGCACAUAAUAAGCUACAUGGAGGAUAUUUUUAAGUUAAUCAAGGAAUUCUGGACGAUCAACACCCCGUUGCAGGCUACACUGAUUAACCUUGUUGAGAAGAUUGCCAUUGCACUUGGAUGUGAAUUUAAGGUUUACCUGUCGCAGCUAAUGCCGCAAAUUCUUCGUGUCUUCUCGCACGAUACGUCCAAGGAGCGCAUUGUUACGGUUAAACUCAUGCAGGCACUGCAGAAGUUUGGAAACAACCUCGAUGACUACCUUCAUCUUAUUAUUCCGCCUAUUGUGAAGCUCUUUGAUCCCGCAGAUGCUCCACAUAGUGUUUGCGUUGUUGCCUUCGAAACGAUCAACUACUUAGCAGGCAUAUUGGACUUUACUGGCUUCUCUUCGCGCAUUAUUCACGCUCUUGUGCGUACGCUGGAUUCAAGUCCCGAACUCCGACAACCGGCUAUGCAAGCCCUGUGUGCUCUGGUUAUACAACUCGGGAAGAAGUAUUUAGUUUUCGUUCCACUUGUUCAUCGGGUGAUUGUAAAGCAUCAAAUUGAAUGUGCAGAGUAUGAUAAGUUGAUCCCGAAGAUCCAGAGCAACACAACGGUUUGCCUUGAUGAUGAAUUCCGCCUGAGACAGGCACGUUUCAAGAAUCGCGACGUAACACUCAGCUGCAGUGAUACGAAUACAAUAAAGAAGCUCCAUGUUCAGGCUUCGGGCUUGGAGGUAGCGUGGCAGGCAGCCAGGCGUGUGUCCAAGGAUGAUUGGCUCGAGUGGCUGCGUCAGCUGAGUAUAGGGCUCCUAAAGGAGUCCCAGAGUCCAGCAUUGAGAUCCUGUCGGACACUUGCACACAACUACAAUCAACUCCUGCGGGAUCUCUUCAAUGCAGCCUUCGUCUCGUGCUGGACGGAGUUGAAUGAUGACAAAAAGAAGGCCCUAGCUGAUAGCUUAGAACGUGCCCUAAUGGUACCGGACUUGCCCGAAAUUACUCAGACUAUUCUCAAUUUGGCCGAAUUUAUGGAGCACUGUGACAAGGAACAUUUCCCCAUUGAUCCCUACCUCCUUGGGCAAAGGGCAAUGGAUUCGCGUGCCUACGCCAAGGCUCUGCACUAUAAAGAGCGAGAGUUCUACAUGAAGAGGGAUACACAGGUGUAUGACUCCUUGAUUCACAUUAAUAAUAAAUUGCAACAGAAGGAAGCAGCUCAGGGGCUACUUGAGCACUUUAUGGCAAAUACCGAUUCAAGUGGGGAAGCAAGUACGAAGGUACAGGUGAAGUGGCUUGAGAAGCUUCACAGCUGGGACAAGGCGCUCGAUACGUACAGGAAGAAGCUCAUUGUUACGCCUGAUAGUGUGAAGGAUAUUCUCGGAGAGAUGCGCUGCUUGGAGGCAAUGGGUGAUUGGGAAGAGCUGGGGAAGGUAGUCAAUGACAAGUGGCAGACUCUCGGUAAGGAGGGACAGAGUCAUGCAGGACGCUUGGCAGCUGUAGCCACGUGGGGUUUGCAAGAUUGGGAAAGGAUGCAUGAGUAUGUGAGCUGUAUCCCGGAAGAUACGCAAGAUGGAGCCUUCUACAGGGCUGUCUUGUCUGUUCACUACGAAAACUAUGAGAAUGCUCAGCGUCUGAUUGAUCAAACACGCGAUCUGCUCGAUACGGAGCUAACGGCAAUGGCUGGGGAGUCAUACGAACGAGCCUACGGGGCGAUGGUUUGCGUUCAGAUGCUAGCAGAACUCGAAGAAGUCAUUCAGUACAAACUCGUCCCAGAGCGUCGUCAGACAAUUAAGGAAAUGUGGUGGAAACGCCUUCAGGGUGGUCAGAGGCUCGUUGAGGAUUGGCAGAGAAUCAUUCAGGUGCAUUCACUUGUAGUGAGUCCACAGGAGGAUGUACACACGUGGCUGAAGUAUGCUUCGCUCUGUCGCAAGAGUGGCUCAAUGAAGCUCUCUGAGAAGACUCUAAUUAUGCUCCUGCAUACAGAUCCGCUUGAGAAUCCCGACGCACCGCUCCCGAUAAAUCAGCCACAAGUCACCUUUGCCUACAUCAAGCACAUGUGGACGGUGCAUAAGAAGGAGAAGGCUUAUGAGCAGCUAAAGUGGUUCGUUAACACGUACAGUGUACAGAAUAACUGUGCGAAUGGAGAGGAGGUUCCGGAGGAUAACAGACGGCUCCUAGCACGUUGCUACAUGCGUCUAGGGCUGUGGCAGAAUCAUAUAGAAGGGAUUACAGAUGCCUCAGUUAAGGGAAUCCUGUCGUCAUACGAGCAGGCAACAAAACACGAUCCAAGCUGGUACAAAGCCUGGCAUUCAUGGGCCUACAUGAAUUUCAAAGUAAUUCAAUCGCAAAAGCACCAAAUGGAUAAUCAAACAAGCGAUAUGGUGCGUAUGCAGAAGGAGAAACAAAUUAUCGAUCAAUACGCCGUGCCAGCCGUUACGGGUUUCUUCCAGUCUAUUAAUUUGUCUCAGGGGAACUCCCUGCAGGACACCCUUCGUCUGCUGACUCUGUGGUUCGACUACGGGCAGUACGCGGAGGUGUUUGAGGCUCUAGUUGAGGGGAUGCGUGUUAUUGAGAUAAAUACGUGGCUGCAGGUGAUCCCGCAGCUAAUUGCACGGAUUGAUACAAAUAGAAAUCUCGUUGGGCAGCUGAUACAUCAGCUGCUGAUUGACAUUGGCAAGAGCCAUCCACAGGCACUUGUCUACCCACUUACCGUUGCCUCCAAAUCGGCCUCAGUUGCACGCAAAAAGGCCGCCCAUAAGAUCCUUCAGUCGCUCUGUGAGCACUCCUUGACGCUCGUUGAGCAGGCAAUGAUGUGCAGCGAUGAGUUGAUUCGUGUUGCCAUUCUGUGGCAUGAGCAGUGGCACGAAGGGCUGGAGGAGGCGUCAAGAUUGUACUUUGGGGAGAGGAAUAUAAAGGGGAUGUUUGAUACGCUCGAACCGCUUCAUGCGAUGCUAGAACGUGGCCCGCAGACGCUCAAGGAGACAUCCUUCAAUCAGGCGUACGGACGUGAUCUCACGGAAGCUCUUGAAUGGUGUCAGCAUUACAAGAUGUCUGGGAAUAUUCGUGAUUUGAAUCAAGCGUGGGAUCUCUACUAUCAUGUCUUCAGGCGAAUUUCCAGACAGUUGCCACAGCUGACCUCGUUGGAGCUUCAAUAUGUCAGCCCCAAGUUGUUGGCUUGCAAGGAUCUCGAACUUGCUGUCCCCGGGAGCUACACACCGGGGCAGGAGCUCAUCCGAAUUUCGCAGUUCCAGACAAAUUUGCAGGUGAUAACAUCAAAGCAACGUCCCCGGAAGUUGUGUAUUCGUGGCUCCAAUGGCAAAGACUACAUGUUCCUGCUGAAGGGGCAUGAGGAUUUGCGACAGGAUGAGCGUGUGAUGCAGCUCUUUGGGCUUGUAAAUACGCUUUUGCUGAAUGAUCCGGACACAUUUAGGCGGAACUUGACGAUUCAGCGGUACGCAGUGAUUCCGCUGAGUACGAAUUCGGGGCUAAUUGGGUGGGUGCCGCACUGUGACACCCUCCACACACUCAUACGCGACUACAGGGAGAAACAGAAGAAGCUGCUAAAUAUUGAGCAUAGAAAUAUGUUGCGAAUGGCCCCGGACUACGAUCAUUUGAUGCUAAUGCAGAAAGUUGAGGUGUUUGAGCAUGCUCUCGAGAAUUCCGAUGGGGAUGAUUUGGCCAAGUUGCUGUGGCUGAAGAGCCCCUCGUCGGAGGUGUGGUUCGAUCGACGUACCAACUACACGCGCUCCCUGGCCGUUAUGUCCAUGGUGGGCUACAUCCUGGGCCUGGGAGAUCGACAUCCGUCUAAUUUGAUGCUUGACCGACUUAGCGGGAAGAUACUGCACAUUGACUUUGGGGAUUGUUUCGAGGUGGCAAUGACGCGGGAGAAAUUCCCAGAGAAAAUUCCCUUCCGCCUCACACGGAUGCUUAUUAAUGCAAUGGAAGUUACGGGGAUUGAGGGAACCUAUCGAAGAACUUGCGAGAGUGUGAUGACGGUGCUGAGGAAGAACAAGGACAGCUUGAUGGCCGUUCUGGAGGCUUUUGUGUACGAUCCCCUGCUGAAUUGGCGUCUCUUGGAUACAAAGAUUGACAAAGGUAGACGCUCAAAGACGGGCAUUGAUGUGGCAGCAGGUGGGGCGGCAAUGGAUAGCCUGGGUGGGAGUGCAGAUGAUGCCAUUGAUUUGCUGAGUAUUGGCCAGCAGAAUGCCCCCAAAGUGCCCAAAGUCCCCCAAGUGGACUCUGCAGCGGGCAAUGAGGCAAAUGGGGCCUGUCUACCCCUUCCCACGGAGGCCACCAACAAGAAGGCGCGCAUGAUUGUUGAUCGUGUGAAGCAGAAACUCACCGGGAAUGAUUUCCCCAAUCAGGAUGCGAUUACAGUGCAAAAGCAGGUGGAUCUGCUCAUUCAGCAGGCAACAAAUAAUGAAAAUCUCUGCCAGUGCUACAUUGGAUGGUGCCCCUUUUGGUGAGUUUUCCUUUUUUUCUUACAGUUUUCUCUGUUCCCCAUGAAACGCAACGCUUCACAAAUGCAGCCAACGUCAGGACUUCUUCUUUUCUUUUUUUAAUUAAAAAUUUAUUUUAAAUGUAACUUGCUUAUAAAAUUGCUGAUUUGAAUGUAAAAUGAGAGUCGGAUACCAAUUUUUUUGUCUUAUAAACAUAAAUAAAAAGGUCAUAGUGUAGAA